AGUUUCUCAUAUUCGUACUCUUUGACUUUUUAGCAGUAUUAAUAACAUGAUUUCUCAAAGCGAUAUUAUGGACCAAUUCCCCGUUAGUUGCUAUCCUGCGGCAGAGAAAAUUUCUAGGCCGCAUCAUCGCCGGGGAAAGCAAAUUGGAAUUGAUUUUGUGUAUACGCCCGCGUGUGAUACUAUCCUGUGCCCUAUUGUGGAAAACGAUUCAAAUUCGUGUGCCUCAGUAACUUCUGAUGUUUCUGACAAUUUUCUGGUUGCUCUCUCUAAUUUCUAAUCUCUAAUAUCUAAUUUCAGUUUUGAGCAUCUGUCAACGGUUGCUCAUCCACUAUGUGUAAAACUGAUUUGCAAAGCGCUAUCAAGGAGCGAUAUCCUUGAAUUUUCUAGUGUAAUUAGCAUGGUAUUAGCGUAACAGUCUAAUUUUCCG